GCGCAUGUGCACGAGUUGUAUAUUAAUGAAAAAAAGGUCACGAACUCUGACCCUCCCACUUACUGCACCAAACAGUUAAAAUAUUUAUUUAUUGAAGGCUAUAAAUCAUCUGAGCUUACGUCUGCUUGGAAGGUAAGACAUAUUGAGUUUUGUGGACGCAUAAACGGUUGGUGAAGGAGCCACGGAGGGCCAGUGAGACAGGAAGAGAGGGAGUGUUCAGCAGAUCUACGGCAGGGCAGCAGCUACCAGCUAGCAAACAGCUAACCUAGCUAGCUAGCACUAUCGUCGGGAGCUAUGCGCUUCAAUAAAUCAACUUAGAGGAUUUACUGCAGUUACAAGAAACAAUUGGAGUCCGAGCUCCAGCAGGACAGAAUGGGCUUGGAGAUGCAUGCAAGACAGGGUGUGCAAGCUUCAUGGGGCACUUGUGUGAAGAGGAGUAGAAGAAGGUGUACAGUAUCAGAAUGGAUGGACAAACUCAAAGGAUACAACUUUUGUCGACCGACAACAGCAUGGCAUUAGGACACAGAAUCCAGAUUGUAACUGAUCAGCAGACCGGUCAGAAGAUCCAGAUCGUCACAGCACUUGAGCCAUCGUCGCCAGGAAAGCAGCAGUUUAUCCUCGCAAACGCAGACUAUUCCCCAAGUGGGAAAGUGAUCCUGGCCAAGCAGGAAGGCUCACCCAACAAGGUCAUCCUCGCUUCUCCAGACGGAUCUGGAGUUAACCAGCUGUUGUUUGCGUCACCUGAACUUGCAGGGCAGCAGAUUCAGUUUGUGACUGAAGGGUCGGACCAGUCUAUGGUGAAGCCGGUUGUGGAGUACUGCGUUGUCUGUGGUGAUAAAGCAUCAGGACGUCAUUACGGGGCUGUAAGCUGUGAGGGCUGCAAAGGCUUCUUUAAACGCAGCAUUAGAAAGAACCUAGUGUACUCUUGCAGGGGCUCUGGAGAGUGUGCCAUCAACAAGCUCCACCGAAACCGCUGCCAGUACUGUCGACUACAGCGCUGCAUUGCUUUGGGGAUGAAACAGGAUUCUGUGCAGUGUGAGAGGAAACCUGUAGAAGUUACCACCAGAGAGAAAUCUGUCAACUGUGCGGCCUCCACUGAGAAGAUCUACAUCCGCAAGAACCUGUGUAGUCCUCUGGCUGCCACACCCACUUUUGUAUCUGAUAAGGAAACAGCUCGGUCUACAAGUUUGCUUGAGUCGAGCAUGUUGCUCAACAUCCAACAACCCUUCACCAAGCUGGAAAACACCAUAUUGAUCCCAGCAUCUCCUGACAAGCAGGAUGACCCAUCUCAAGGUGACCUCGGCACGCUGGCAAAUGUAGUGACGUCCCUCGCUCAACUUAAACAGGCCAGAGAGGCGAGUGACAGCGGCAAUGACCUGAUGGGUGUUGAAACUCUUAGUAACGGGGACAGCUCGAUAGCAGACAUCCAGGGAGACGAGCAAACUGCAGGUGAUAUCACACGAGCUUUUGACAACCUUGCCAAAGUCCUGCACCCUGGUGAUGGCUCAGUAGGAGAUUCCUUGGAGGCCCAAAUGCAGCUGAUGUCAGGGGACCAGACGGGUCCUGUGGUGGAGUUAGAGGGGCCUCUGCUCUCAGACAACCAUAUCCCUUUCAAGCUAAUGAUGCCUUUGCCUGUGCCAGAAUACCUCAACGUCAACUACAUCUGUGAAUCAGCUUCCCGGCUACUUUUCCUCUCUAUGCACUGGGCUCGCUCUAUUCCUGCCUUUCAAACCCUCGGUGGUCAGGACAACGACAUUAACUUGAUGAAAGCCUGCUGGAAUGAGCUGUUUGCCCUUGGUCUGGCACAGUGCUCCAACGUUAUGAAUGUUGGUACCAUCUUAAGUGCCAUUAUCAGCCAUCUGCAGACCAGCUUACAGGAAGAGAAGCUGUCUGCAGAUCGAGUAAAAAUUGUGAUGGAGCACAUCUGGAGGAUGCAGGAGUUCUGUAACAGCAUGAUCAAGCUGGCCCCAGACUCUUACGAAUAUGCCUACCUCAAAGCCGUUGUUCUCUUCAGUCCUGAUCACCCGGGCAUAGAUAACACACCGCAGAUCGAGCGGUUUCAAGAGAAGGCCUACAUGGAGCUGCAGGACUACGUUACCAGGACAUACCCAGAAGACUCCUAUCGGUUGUCCAAGCUGUUGCUGCGUCUCCCCGCCCUCAGGCUGAUCAGUGCAGCUGUCACCGAGGAGCUGUUUUUCGCAGGUCUCAUUGGAAACGUGCAGAUCGACAGCAUCAUCCCUUACAUCCUAAAAAUGGAGUCCACUGACUAUAACAGCCAGGCGGUCACCGGGGUCUGACGCUUUGCCAUUUCUCAUCCCAACAUUGGACUAUGAAAAACUUUUGAAGCGAACCAAUCAGAGGACUUCUCAAAACGAUCACCAAGUGGUCAUGACAUACUGUAUCAAAGACACGGCAUUCUGCAGGAACUCUCUUUUUCGCUCUUACCUUGCUCCUUCUGACUCCUCAGUUCCCAGUCAGUAGACGACUCAUAAAACAGGAAGAAUCAAACCACCUCCGGAGGCAAACGAGCAGGACAAUACAUGCCCAAUCAGGAAUGAACUUAAAGCCUACAUAGUAGAUUGUGCUUUUUAUUGUACAUAGUAUUUUAUGCUUCAUCGCCUUCAAGCCUUUCCUUUUUCUGCGGAUCUCGUUUGUACUUUGAAAGAAACAGGAUGGUUUGUUUUUCACUGCUUUAUUACAUGGUCAUGCUUUUUUAUUUUCUUAAUAUUAUGAGGAAAAAAACGUGUCAAUAUGAAAUGGUAUGUGAGAUGUUGUUAUUGCUAAAGGUUAAAACCUUUGUUUCUUCUUUGUUUGCCAAUCCAAAGGAUCCGGCAGCAUCGACUUGUUUAAUAUUUGACAUGUGGAUCUAAAGUAAUCGUGUACAUACAUUUGUGUAUAGAAUGAACCAAGAAUGCUUAAAUGGGCAGCACCUGGUAAUUUAGGAAUCCCAUGUUUGGAUGGAGUUAUGUGGAUGGAAAAUGAUGGUCAAGUCAUUUGAAAAUAAAACACUUCUCUAAA